UCAGCAGGCAAAACUCGACUUUACUCUUUUUGUCCAGUCUCGCGUUCCGUCGCAGCCACCGUCUCCAGCACAAAGUACGCUCUUCAGAAACUCCAAAGUGAUGUUUUCAUCGCUGAAAUAAGAUUUAAAUCAGCCGCUCGCCUCAUCAUGGCAGAGGUUUAUUUCAUUGGGGUGGACGUGGGCACUGCCAGUGUGAGGGCUGCACUGGUGACCAGAGCUGGUCUGGUGAAGAGCACUGCAGAGGAGCCCAUCAGCAUCUGGGAGCCCCAGACUGACCACUAUGUCCAGUCCUCCACUGAGAUCUGGGAGAAAUGCUGCACAGUUGUAAAGAGAGUUACCCAAAGUGUAGAGAGGAGUCAGGUUCGCGGGAUCGGCUUUGAUGCCACUUGCUCACUAGUGGUUUUGGACCAGAGCUUCCAGCCUGUGUCAGUCUGUCAGGAUGGUGAUAGACACAGGAACAUAGUGAUGUGGAUGGACCAUCGCGCUGAGGAGCAGGCCGCUCGUAUAACCAACACCGGCCACAGGGUCCUGAGCAGAGUGGGAGGGGUCAUGUCACCAGAGAUGCAACCCCCUAAGCUGCUCUGGCUCAAAGAGAAUCUAAAAGAAAGCUGCUGGGACAAAGCUGCACACUUUUUCGACCUUCCAGACUUCCUGUCUUGGAAGGCAACGGGCUCUUUGACACGGUCUUUAUGCACUCUGGUGUGUAAAUGGACGUAUUGCCCCCCAGAGGGAUGGGAUGCUGGUUUCUGGACUAGCAUUGGACUGGAAGAUCUUCUGGAAAACAAGUUUUCAAAAAUAGGCAGUGCAACAUGUUCUCCAGGGAGCCCGCUAGGAGACGGCCUUACUCAGGAGGCAGCAGCAGAUCUGGGUUUGGAGCCAGGAACUGCAGUUGGUGCUUCUCUUGUUGAUGCUCAUGCAGGAGGUCUUGGUGUGAUAGGUGCAGACGUAAAAGGCUUUAACUUGCCCUGUGAGGACCAGCCCAUCACCUCACGCAUGGCCAUGAUCUGUGGGACGUCAACCUGUCACAUGGCGAUCAGCGAGCAGCCUCUGUUUGUGCCCGGAGUGUGGGGGCCCUGCCUGUCCGCCAUGGUGCCCGGCCUGUGGCUCAACGAGGGAGGACAGAGUGCGACAGGACGGCUGAUCGACCACAUGGUGAAAGGCCACGCCGCCUACACCCAGCUCCAGGAAGAGGCACGUCAGAGAUGUCCUGUUACGGGCGAGAACAUCUACAGCUACCUGAACAGCCACUUGAGUUCAAUGGCUAACUUCCGCUCUGCUGUUGACCUGCUUGGCUCCAGUCUUCAUGUUUGGCCGGACUUCCAUGGGAACAGGUCGCCCCUAGCAGACCCCUCUUUGAAGGGCAUGGUGAUCGGACUGCCACUCUCCCAAACCCUGGACGACUUGGCCCUGCUUUAUUUGGCCACUAUACAAGCCCUCGCUCUUGGUACGCUUCAUAUUCUGGAGGCCAUGAAAGAAGCAGGACAUGACAUCAGAACCCUCUUCCUGUGUGGCGGGUUGAGCAAAAACGCCCUGUUUGUCCAGAUCCACGCCAACGCUACAGGUUUGCCUGUGGUGCUGCCUGACCAGACGGAGGCUGUGUUAAUAGGAGCAGCAGUCCUGGGUGCAUGUGCAUCACAGGACUACAGCACCAUACAGGAGGCGAUGGAGAGAAUGGCGAAAGUGGGGAAAGUUGUUCGGCCUGAUCGUGAACUCCAGAGCUUUUAUGAGAGAAAGUACAAAGUGUUCCUGCGACUGUUCGCCCACCAGAGGGAGUACCAGGCCAUCAUGAACCAGAGAUGAUGACACUGCUGCUGGGAGGCAGCCGAGCUGGAAGUGACUCUCUAGUGACGUAAUAGUGAUGACAAAUCCGACACGCUGGAAACGUGAACAGAAGUCUUAACCUUGCUGCUUCUCCUGAUAUUUUUAAAGGUCCAGUUUUUAUUUUCUUAAUAACCUGGAGGACAGCAGCUUUCUGAGGUUUAAUAUCUGUGGUUUAGUAGCACAUGCAGGGGUUCAGACCACAGUAGAUAAGACCUCUAUGGAGACUUCAUGCAGCUGUCUGCCCUUUAGAUGCUGCAGUUUCGCCCAAACUGUCAAGGAGGAUGCAACAGAUUUUACAGUCGUUGACUUGCCAGCGGCCCCUGAGCUCCAUCCAAAGUCAAAUAUCAUCAAGUCUACUGUCACCAUCAAAUGUAUUUUAAUAAAUAAUUAAAAUGAUAGAACUGUGCCCAUGCCUUUCACUGUCACUCCAACCCAGUGUGUUUUAAUAUAUAAUUUAGUGUGCUUCAUCUCAUUCAUUUUUAAGCACCCUGUCCUUUGUUCUGUCUCCGCCGUAUUCUCAUUCCUCCACUUCCUGUUUGUAACACCUUCACUGUCCUUACUGUCUCCCGUCUGCUGGUCACAGAGAGGAGCCUGUCGCCAGCAUUUCCCAGGAUCAGAGUUGAUAAGCUCUUCACUGAUGCCGUCGACACAGUGAGGGGGGAACGCCAAAUCCUGCACAGCUGAGUUAACAGCCGCCUUCAAACAGAACCACCAUAUGAUAGAAAAGAAAGAGGGGGCCGAAGCUUUACAAACUCAUGCAGGUGCUUCUGAACAGUAGUGUCCAGAAGUUACGACAGAGUGAUUUCAGUGUUUGAUAGUCAUUCUUUAGGCUUAAAAUUUACCUUAAGGCUUUUGUUGUCCCACACAGGUGACAUAUGUACAUAAACCAUUAGAGUAUAGAUACAGUAUAUCCAUAAGAUGUUAAGUGAAAUACGUAGUCCAUCCUGCCAAGAACAAUUCAAGUGAUAGUAAUCAGUUACGUAAAAGUAGACAAUUAGACAUGUACUGAACACUUUGUAACUCACUGUGUUUAGAGGUACAUUUCUCCCUGAAUUCAAACACAUACAUUCCUCAUAAGGUUCUUUAUACUCCCUUUGUGUACAAAAACAGAUCAGUUCAUUUCAACCACUGUAACAGUCAAUGCCUACAAACCUUGUGUCCAGAUUGCACAAGAGGGCAGAGUCAAAUUUCUGACAACAGCUAACAUGGCGACGGCGGUGGAGGUCAUAAUAUUGUACCUUUUAUCUUCCUACCUGUAGUGCUACUUAUGAAGCUCAAUUGUUUUGGCGUGAGUUGCAGAGUGUUGGAGAUAUCGGCUGUAGAGAUGUCUGCCUGCUCUCCAACCUACUGGAACUAGAUAGCACUUGCCUUGUGGUGCUCAACGCGCCCGGUUACUCAAGAUAAUCCAAACCUUUUUUGUAAGCAGUUUCAUGUAGGGACUGUUUUCUUUCUACUGAACUUAACUCAUUAACGGUAUCACCCCGCAGAAGGAAACGUGCAUCUACUCAUGGACGAGAGACUAGUGCUGUAAUGUUAGCUGCUCGGUGGUGCUAGGUGAGCUAGCAGAUGCACACUCAGGUGUAGUUUGAUAGAAAGAAAAUAGUUCCUAUUUUUCUUCUUAUCUGUAGUUAUAUUUAUCAGUGUAAAUAGUUUUGGUGCAAGUUGCUGAGUGUUGGGAGAUAUCGGAGACGUCU